AUGUAUGAAGAAUCUACCACCAAGCAUUUAAAUAAAUAUGAGGAGGCUGGAUUACAAACCCUUCCACUUGCUUACAAGAACUCUUACAUUUGCUUACAAAAUGCUCGGAGAGGGGAACAUUCUACUUGGAAUGAAAAGUUUUUCAAGGCAAAAACCUCAAUUCGGAAUAAUAAGGAUGGAAUGCUAAAACAGGUUUCCAAUUUAGGUAAUUCACAUGCUUUUGCUGAGGAUACAUCUACUGCCAAAAGAAGGAAAAUCUCAGGAAAUGAAGAAGAUAGCGACGAUGAUAAGUCAAAAAAAGCUCAAGUGUUCACGGAUGCCAACUUGGAUGAUCUGAACUUGAAUCUUGCUUGCCUGUCCUUUGAAAAUUGUGUGGAAGAACAGUCGGAGAUUGACGUGGCUUCUGGAUUUUAUGUCCUCUUUGGAUCAGUUAAUAUAAUCUCUGCAAUCGAGUUUGAUAAAACUGGUGACCAUCUUGCUACUGGUAACCGUGGUGGAACAGUGGUGUUAUUUGAAAGAACUCAUGGGAAAGAACAUGGUGCAAAUAGAAGAGAUUUGAAAAGGAUGGACUAUCCCAGUACUCAACAUCCAGAAUUUCAUUACAAAACUGAAUUUCAGAGCCAUGAACCUCAGAUAAAAUUAAUAAGAUCCGGUAGUGCCAAACAGCUAAUGGUGCCAUUUUUCUUUUGUCCAAAUCACAAAACCAUUAAAUUUUGGAAGGUCCAAGAGAAGAAAGUCAAGAAAAUUCGUGCAGCAAACGUAGAUCCUUUGAAAGGAGCUACAAAUGGCAGCAUUGCAAGUUCAAGCGUUUCUUCAAGUCCUAAUCAACGUAUUCCUAAUGGGGGCAGUCUAGACCAAUCUUAUAGCUUUUUAGCAAUUGCUUUUGAUUCAUAA